CCCUCGCGAAUGCAGCGCAUCGCCAUCAUCGGCGGCGGGCCCGCCGGCGUCUCGGCCGCGCUCGAGCUGCUGCGCAUCCGCGGCAGCAGCAGCAGCAGCAGCAGCACUGCAGCGCCGCUCUAUGCGCCCACGCUCUUUGAGCGCCGGCGCGCGCCCGGCGGCGUGUGGACGUACGAGGAGCCGCAGGCGCAGCGCAUCUGCUUCGACGAGACGGGCCAGGCGCACGCCGUCGCACGUACAAUGGACGGCGCAUGGCCGCCGGCGGGCAUGUUCGAGGGGCUGCGUACCAACAUCCCCUCGGACCUGAUGACCUUCCGCGACGCGCCCUUCGCGCCCAGCACGCCGCUCUUCCCGAGCCGCAGGCAGGUGCUCGACUAUCUGCACGCCUAUGCCGAGCAGCACCGCGAGCUGCUCGCGCCCGUCACGCGCUUCGGGACAGAGGUUGUGGGCAUGCAGAAGCAGGGGAGCACCUGGUCGGUCACGAGCAGGCAGGGGCAGGACGAGCGGCAAGAAGUGUUCGACAAGGUCGUGAUCGCGACUGGCCGCUGUGCCCGCCCGCAGCUGCCUUUCGUGCCCGGGCUCUGGCACUUCGCCGGCGAGAUCUGGCACUCGAGCUGGUACCGCACGCCGCUCGUCUUCCGCAACAAGACCGUGCUGGUGGUCGGCAAUGCCAGCUCGGGCAUGGACAUUGCGCGCGAGCUCAGCGGCUACUCCCUGCGCCCGCUACCAGCCGGGCCGUUGAGCGGCGACGAGGUCUCCGCCGCAGCCUGGGCCGAGGAGAGCGCUGCGGGGCGCACGGGCAUUCGCGUGCUGCAGUCCGUCGAGGACGUCGAGAAGCCGCCGCCGAUGGACUACGAUCCGCGCGACCCCGCAUCGCCGGACUGGGCACGUCGCAUUCGCGUGGUGCCGCGCAUCAAGAGCGUCGACGCCGAGGCCAUUGAGCUUGCGGACGGCGAGCGACUGACCGACGUGGACGCCAUCAUCUUCGCGACUGGCUUCGUGGCCGAGUUCCCCUUCCUCCCGCCUGUGGCGCCCUUCGACUUGGCUCCACUGCUGCCAGCCGCACCCGAGCGACCACCCUUGCAUGAUGACAAGCUCGGCGCGCGCCUCGAGAAGCAAGGCGGGCCCUACCGCGCCCCUCCGGCUGCGCCAGUGCUCAAUAAUCUGGACGACUGGCUGCUCUUCUACGAGAAGGACGACAGCGUGGCGGUGCUUGGUGCUCCGACGACCGUUGUGCCGUUCCAUUUAUCUCAAGCACAAGCUCGCUACGUCGCUGCCUACUGGGCCGGCAAGGCUGCACCUCUGCCGCAGCUCGACAGCAGCAUCCCGCCGACUGAAGCUGCGCGCUGGAGCUCGACGCGGCAGGCGGACCAGACCGAGACCUGGCCGCAAGGCCGCUGUGCCCACGUCUUCGGCAAUCCGAGCGAUGCAGCGUACGUCGACGAGCUCCUCGCACGCUCGCCAGAGGGCGGCGCCGAGGCGCCCUGGGACGUCGAGUACCGCGCGCAGAGCGACGGCCGCGGGGGAGGGCCGCGCGGUCAAGAAGACUGGAGCAAGACGCCGACGUGGCGACGCGAGCGGCGCAACAAGGGCAAGGAGCUGCGCCGCGAGGAGCUGGGCUACUAGUGACGGAGGC